AUGAAGAGUGGCUAUGGCUGUAUUAGUUGGUUUAUGGAAACGAGUGCUACUGCAUUUGAAAGAGAAGGCUUAUCGCUAAACAGCAUGAAGCUCUUCGUUAUUCUCAGUUUUACGCUGGUAGCAAGCCAAACUGUUAACGCCGAUGUUAGCCAUUUAUCCAACAACCAGUACUUGCCGCCAACCCCGCACAACGAAAGGCAUUCAAACGACUUUGCGGUCAAUCACUUUCAGCCACCGACACACCAGCAACACUCCCAAAAGGGUUUCCUACACAGCGGCGUUGAAAUCAUCAGAUCGAUCCCUAUUGCCAGUUACACAUUGACAACUAUUGUUCCAGUACAAGAGGCGCAUGCACCAAGCAUAGCUGGUACUAAUAACUUUCAAACGCCUCAAAGCAGCUAUCAAGCUCCACAAAAAGACUAUCGGACACAUCUCCAAUAUCAGCCCCAAUCUCAACCAGUCUACCGGACAGCUCCUCAGUUGGCAGGACAACAAAACGAUGGCUUUUAUACGUACGACACCCCAGCACCUGCUCCAGUGGUGCAAGGGUUUGCCGCACUCGGUCCGGCAAUAAGUCCAACUUACUCAACUGACUCUCAGCAAACAUACUCUGAUCCUUCAGUUCCGCAGACAAAAGCCGAACACGCGCAAAAUAUUGACACUUUCAACUAUGCUGCCCCAGUUACAGCGCCCAAGGUAGUCCCAAUAGUUGCAUCAAGUCCUCCUUAUUCUGGUGGAGCUCACCAGUCUGGCUCGUACAACUUUGCUCCAGUUGGUCCCGCUCAACAGAGAUAUUCUGCUUCAGCAGCGCCAUCUAAUGAAUAUCUGCCUCCAGCGUCAGCGUAUUCCCCACAAGCUUAUUCCCCUCCGGCUGUGCCUGUACAACAGACUCAUAAUACUCCAGCACCAGUUGCGCUAUCAUAUUCGGCUCCAUCUCAGCAAUCUUAUGCUGCAACAGGUUCAACACCGCUUCAAGAUAAUUAUUCACUGCCAACCCCUCAAAUUGCAAAUAAGUAUCGCCCACCAGCAUCGCCUCCUGUACCACAAGCGUACACGGCUCCAGCUCAGACUCCAUUUCAAUUUCCAGCUGCCGCUCCUCAGGUUUCCACACAAACAUUUCACCCUGCAGCUGAGCCCGGAAACUACAAUACGCCCGUUGAGCAGUCCUAUUCUGCACCAUCUCCCCACGUUUCACACGAGUACCUUCCACCUGCAUCAGCGCCACUAGCAAAAACUUUCUCGACUAAUCAGCAAACUGGCUCAAGCGAUUCUGGGAAUGAACAAAAAGAGAGUGAAUCCGGUAGCGCGGUCCUAAGUGAAACUGUUGUUAAAUCCACAUCGGGUAAUGAGGGAGACACUGCUCCAGUGGAGCAGCCGGCUCAAGCUUUGGAACAGCAAUCGCAUACAGAACAACAACAAUCUGAUGAAAAUUCCGGCUCUGACAAUUAUGAAACCGCAGCUCCUGCUGAACAAAACCGCGCAACUCAUGCCCCUGCCCAGCAGACUUAUCCAGCACCUGCUUCCGCUUUGGUAGCUCUUCCUCUGCGGCAAUCAUAUUCGUCUCCUCGUCAACAGUCAGAUUCAACACCAGCUCAACAAACAUACAUUGCGCCUGCGCCUCCGUUACAGCAAUCACAUGUCUCCUCAGCGCCGAUAGCUCAAGAAUAUUCAUCUGCUUCACAAUCACCUGCGGCUCCAUAUCAUUCAGCUCCAGCUCAACAUUCACAAACUGCAUCAGCCCCUGCUCCCGAAGCUUUGUCCGCACCGCCUUCAGCUUCAGUUAGCCAGGAAUAUUUACCACCUGCUCCACAAAAGCAACCUUAUGCCCGACCAGCUGAAGAGCCAAUCAAACACCACUCUAAUUUAGCUCCUGUAACAAUUUCAUCUCCAGCUGCAGUUCCAGUGGACUCAUCGUACCGCACUCCAGUGCAAGCUCCAGUCAGCCAACAGCCUAAUUCUCUGAUUUCAACUAGCCAGCAACCUUGUUCAGCUCCUUCACUAGCACCAUUACCUGCUCCGGUACAAAUUAGUCAAGAAUAUCUGUCUCCAACGCCAGUAAAACAAUCUCAACCUAAACCAGCGCUAACCACAGUGAGUCGGCAGUCUUAUUCGACUCCUGCAUCAGCUCCUGCUUCAUCUUUCGCACCACCUACUUUAUCCUACUCCACUCCACAUGCACGAACUCUCACAGUUAACCAAAACUAUUUCCCUCCAGCUCAGGCAGCGCACAGUUAUAUGGCACCUAGCCCUGCCGCCACUGCCGCUCCAAUUCAACGAAGCAGCCAUUCAGGUGCUGCUGCCUUAAGUCAAACCUCAUCGGACUACCAGUCGGGGAGUAAUGGCCAAGCUCAGUUCAACCAACACGUAGUUGCAGCGUCACAAAAGUACUCCUCUCCUCCAGCGCCUGCUGCGCACACUAACAACAACUUUCAAUCGUCAUUUGCCGCAUCGGCAGCGGAAAAAUUGUUCGUCGCCAUCGCAUUUGCCGUCAUUGCCAGCGUUGCUGCCGAUGUCAGCCACCUGAGCAACACUUAUCUGCCACCAUCCCAGGCUGCUGCUAGCUCAAUUUCCUCAGAGUACCUGCCACCGGCUGCCAGUUACUCAGCGCCAAGCUACUCGGUUGCUGCUUCAGCACCAAGUGUAUCGUACGCGGCUCCAGCUCCAGCUCGCUCAGUCUCCUACUCGGCGCCUGCUCCAGUUGCUUCUUAUUCCGCACCCAGCUACUCGGUUGCUGCUUCGGCACCAAGUGUAUCGUACGCUGCUCCAGCUCGCUCAGUCUCCUACUCGGCGCCUGCUCCAGCUGCUUCUUACUCCGCACCAAGCUACUCGGUUGCCGCCUCGGCACCAAGUGUUUCAUACGCUGCUCCAGCUCCAGCUCGCUCAGUCUCCUACUCUGCACCUGCUCCAGUUGCUUCUUACUCCGCACCAAGCUACUCGGUUGCUGCUUCGGCCCCAAGUGUAUCGUACGCUGCUCCAGCUCGCUCAGUCUCCUACUCUGCACCUGCUCCAGCUGCUUCUUACUCCGCACCAAGCUACUCGGUUGCUGCUUCAGCACCAAGUGUAUCGUACGCUGCUCCAGCUCCAGUCUCCUACUCGGCCCCAGCUCCAGCUGCUUCAUACUCGGCACCAAGCUACUCGGUUGCCGCCUCAGCACCAAGUGUAUCCUACUCAGCUCCAGCUGCCAGCUAUAGCGCUCCAGUCGCUGCUGCUUCCUACUCCUCGCCCUCAUACUCCAGCGGUGGCACCGCUUAUGGUUCCAACGGUGGCUACAUCUACCGCAAACGUCACUAGAGCACCAAAUUUUUGUGUUUUUUUGGUUAAC